CGGUUUAGUGCAUUCUAACCCCACAACCGAGCAACGUGACUGAACGUGACUACCACUCCCAGCAGUCCCAGCAGUUGAGCAGUCCCAACGACGUGUGACUCGUGUCAGAGCUGGUGUAUGAGAACUGUGUGAUGUGUGUGUGUGUGUGUGUGUGUGUGUGUGAGACUGGCUGUGAGCUGUGAACUGUGAGCUGUGAGCAGCGUCGGUCAACAUGGAGCGCUCACGCCGCACGCAAAGCGUCAUCCGUUAUCACUCUCGUCUCCUACGAUCAUGUUUAACACAAUUGCCACGUAUAUGCUCGUAGACUCGUAGCAAACGCAGCUGGCCAGUAUAGAUGCGAUCAUGUCAUCGAGCAACGCUGAGCAGAGUGUCGCGCCGCCACCGAGUAAAAAGAUGAUGAUCUGCGCGAACGUAUCGGAACAAGCGCAUCACGUAUCCAGAGCGAAACGAGGACAAGCGAUUGGCAGUAUUCGAGGCUUUCGAGGUUGCACGGUAUGGCUGACUGGCCUCUCUGGAGCUGGCAAGACCUCCAUCUCUUUCCAGGUGGAAGCUAUCUUGGUGAAUCACGGCAUUCCCGCUUACGGUCUGGACGGCGACAAUGUCAGGAGCGGUCUGAAUCGCAAUCUGACUUUCAGCAAACAAGACAGGAAAGAAAACAUUCGAAGGGUGGCCGAAGUGGCAAAGCUCUUCGCCGAUAGCGGACAAAUUUGUCUCUGUAGCUUCGUAUCGCCUUUCGAAGAGGAUAGACAAGUGGCGAGGCAGAUUCAUAGAGAAGCUGACUUGCCCUUCUUCGAGGUGUUCGUAGACACACCGUUGCAAAUUUGCGAAGCUCGCGACACCAAGGGCCUUUACAAGAAAGCGCGGCAGGGUACCAUUAAAGGUUUCACCGGCAUCGAUCAAAUGUACGAGAGGCCGACGAAACCUGAUUUAAUAGUCAAGACCGAGAAUUGCACUCCCGAGGAAUCUGCCUCGACCGUAAUUGAGCUUUUAGAGAAGCACCACGUCAUUCCGCUGCUCGCAAAACCGUCGGAUCUAAUCAGGGAGCUCUUUGUACCGGAUUCCAGGCUAGCUGCCACGAAAAUGGAAGCGGAAACUCUACAGGACGUGGAGAUCGGUCAACUGGACGUGCAGUGGUUACAAGUACUGGCGGAAGGUUGGGCGACACCUUUGACUGGAUUCAUGCGGGAACACGAAUAUCUUCAGACCCAACACUUGCGAUGUUUGCUCAAAGACGACAAAGAAGUGAACCAAUCGGUACCAAUUGUCCUCGCGAUAAGCACGCACGAUAAGAACCGCUUGGAAAAUUCUCUCGCCGUGACCUUGAGGCACAAGCGGAAAGCUUUGGCCAUCCUACGAAGACCAGAUUUUUAUUUCCACCGAAAAGAGGAGCGUUGCAGUUGGCAGUUUGGCACUAAUAACUUGGGACAUCCUUACGUCCGGAUGAUUCAUGAUUCUGGCGAUUGGUUGAUGGGAGGUGACCUCGAAGUAUUGGAAAGGAUCAGAUGGCACGACGGGCUCGACAAGUACAGGCUUACGCCAAACGAGAUCCGUGCCAGAUGCCGAAAGAUGAAGGCUGACGCCGUAUUCGCCUUCCAGCUAAGAAACCCAAUUCACAAUGGACAUGUGCUGCUUAUGCAGGACACAAAGAGACGGUUGUUGGAGGAGCGUGGUUUCAAAAAUCCUGUACUACUGCUGCAUCCGCUUGGUGGUUGGACGAAAGAGGACGACGUGUCCCUGUAUACAAGGAUCCUGCAACACAAGGCCGUUUUGGACGAGGGUGUGCUGGACGCUAAUUCUACAUUAUUGGCCAUCUUCCCCAGUCCAAUGAUGUACGCUGGACCAAUCGAGGUGCAAUGGCACGCAAAGGCCAGGAUGAACGCUGGCGCCAAUUUCUACAUCGUAGGUAGAGAUCCCGCGGGUAUACCACACCCAAACAAGGAUGCCACGCCUGACGGCAAUCUGUACGAUCCCUCUCACGGUGCCAAGGUGCUUUCCAUGGCCCGAGGUCUUCAUAAUCUUGAAAUCAUUCCCUUCAAAGUGGCCGCUUAUGACACUCGUAAUGGUAAGAUGGCCUUCUUCGAAUCCGAGCGGAAACAAGACUUUGAGUUCAUUUCAGGAACAAAGAUGCGAGGAUUAGCAAAGACGGGUCAAAAUCCCCCGGAUGGCUUCAUGGCACCUAAAGCAUGGCAAGUACUCGUGCAAUACUAUCAAAAUCUUGACAAGAAUUAAAUUUCAAUUUGCCAACGAAUAACGAAGAUUCAGUCUGAACAAUUUCAAGUGAACUUUAACGAUCCUUAAUUUGAGCUUUGGCUACUUGGACGUAUUUACAAUAGUACAAAGUUCCAAUUAAGAAGUAUAUGAUAUCUUUUUUUCUUGCUAUCGAGGCUUUGAUCAAUUUGAGAGAUUCGUUCAAUGCAAAAGUGAUAAAAAAAUGAACUCUAUAGAUCAAAGUGCGAUUGAUCAUCGGAAUAGCCUGUGUGAAAAGUGUAAAAACCUGUUGUAAAGAAAAGUCAAUUUUUUUUUUUUUAUUGGGAAGGAUCAAAGUUAUACAGUUAAAUCGUAUAUCGAUUUUAUCCCAAAAAUCUUGGAACUUUUCAACAACUUUUGUUCGAAAUCUCAAUUUUCACUUUUUUCCGUAUUUUUCUUAAUUAUCUGCGGUAUUUAAAACCCUAUAGGACAUUGUACCGUGGACGCGCACAGAUCAAAAAUUGGUUAAUCUGGUUGAAGUUUAUCGGAGCAUUGAUAAUACUUAAUUUCAAAACUGAUAUCAGACUAUUCGUCCAAAAUAUUCGUUGUAGUAACUUUGAUCUUGCACCAUUCUCUACGAGUGCGUGCUAAAGAUUGCUAUACAUAAAGUUUUUUUAAAUAACAAAGAUGUAAUACAAACAUCAUGACCGAUAAAAUGCCUAAUAUGCAUAAUGUACAUUUUUACCGAACGUAUCGUAUGUUGAAUAUUUUUUAUCGGUCGUAGUAUCGAUUUAUAUUGCUUUUGCACUUACAAUUAGAUAUCUUAAUAUCUAUAGCAGAUUUUAUAACGUUGGAAUAGAAUGGGUAUGGUGCCGAUGUGCCGUUAUAAUAAUGUUAUUGCGGCAAAAGAAUUUUGUUUCUCCUGGAUAACUAGAGGAAAGAUAAAACGUUUCCCGAUUCUACCGAUAUCGAAACAAGUCCCCGAUUUUUCCAGCGAUGUUUAUGUUUUCAUAUAGUUUAUAAUAGUCAAAUUUAUAGAAAAAUGUGAUUUUUCUCCUAAUUUAUUAAAGCGUAAAAGAAUUUGGACGAUAUUAGAAUUGUGUGAGAUUAAUUUAUCUCUCCAUUAUACACCACAUUUUGUUUUUCUCGUGCUCGUGCAAUAAUUAUUUAUUCAAUUUAAGUGUAUUUUCAUUCAAAAUGUCAAAUUUUAUCAAAGUGAAAUAGUAAUUUCGAAAACUGUAACAAAUUUUACAACAGAGCACUUGACAAAAUAAAAACAAUUUUAUCCAACGUUUAACAAUUUAUAGCAUCUCGAUAACAGAGAGCUUAGGAAAAACUUUCAAUGGUACAAACAUUGGAAUAAGUGUAAUACAAGUGUCAAAGGACUUUAUACACAUACUUUGAAAUGAGAUACAUUAAUUUAGAGUGAGUUACAUUGGAAUUUAAAUAAGCUUCACUUAACGAACUUAACGUCAAAUUACACAUAUUGGAUUUCAUGCAGCACAGAAUUUUUGGUUCGUUUUGUCAGCAACGUUGCAGUUUUGUGAAAACAUCAUUGUUAAGACUCAAAUGUAAUAAAAUUAUGACGAGAUUGCGAUUGUUGCAGAGAAAAAUUGUCGAAUGCUCUUUCGAUUGUUAAGCAGUACUCGCUUUUCGUGUACUAUAGCUGCGUUCCGUUUGGACGCUCACGCUUUAGCUGUAAGCUUUAUUUUAUCUUUAUCGCUUGUUACACGUGGAAGGAAAAUAGAAUAAAGCUUGCAGCGCGUGAUCGCCCAAAUGGAACACAGAGUCUAUGUAUGUACAAAAAUCUUAUACACUAGCAAACACAAUGGUCGUUGAUAUCAAGCUAAAAUGAUGGAUAAAAUAUAUAAUUUCUUUAGCUAAAUCUUUUCCUCGAUAUAUCGUGUACUGUACUAUCUUACUACGUUACAAUUAUAUGACUAUAUUUGAUUAUUCGUUAUACAUAACAUUUACAUUACAUAUUUACAUAUCGUUUGUUAAAUUUACUUUUAUAUUAGAAAAAAUAUACUUAAACUAAUAAAUUUGUAUUCUUACAUUGAAUAUUUCUAUAUAUUUUCCGAAACAUUUUCUAUGAUUUUCUUAGAUUAAAAAUACCAAAUCUGUAGCAUCGUUGCAUAUACUUGUAGCGACGCCGUAUCGUUAAUACAUGUAUAUGCAUCGUAAUUAAAUUGUGCUAUGUGUAAUGCCAGAUUGCUUUUUAGAAGGUGGACAUUCCAGCGUUGUUGCAAUUUUUUAAUCAUUUAAGUAAUUGACAAAAUAAAUUGAGCAUCGUGCAACUUCGUUAAUAUUAUAUAAACUAUAUAAUGAAAUAUUUUUACAAUAUUUUUGUAUUUCUGUGCUGAAUGGAGUGUAAUUUUUUCGGAUGCAUCAUCCGGCAUAUUCACAAUCCUAUUGUGUAUAAAAUUUGUACAAACUUUUAUUUUAUACAAAUAAAGCACGAAGAGUCUGAUAUUUUCUAUAUAAGUACAUAGAGAAUAAUAAAUAAAUGUAUAUAAUAAAAAAAA